AUGGUCAAAACGUCGACGAACCUUGCACGAAACGUGCUGCGAACCAUCCAGGCCAACCCUCCUCCCGGCCUCGAGGUAAAUGGCAUCACCUCACACAACUUCGGAGCCUACCAGCGGGCUUUCACCCCCAUGGUGAUGCAGGGAGCCGGACACAGAAACUACGCCAGUGAUCACAAGGAGACGGAGUACGCGUUCCAGAUGGCCGCUUCCAACAUCCGAUACGGCCCCGGCGUGACGGCAGAGGUGGGCUACGACUUCAAGAACAUGCGAAUCGACCGGGUGGCUGUCUUCACCGACAAGAACCUGCUCAAUACCCCCGCCGUCAAAACCGCACUGCAGUCGCUCGACAAGUGUGGAAUCAAAUACGACCUUUAUUCGGACGUGUGCGUUGAGCCCAAAGAGCCCUCUGUGCUCGACGCCAUUGCCUGGGGACGAGCUAAGCAGCCCAAGGCCUACCUUGCCAUUGGAGGAGGCUCUGUCAUGGACACUGCCAAGAUGGCCAACCUGUACCAGUGCUUCCCCGACGCUGAGCUGCUUGAUUUCGUCAACGCCCCCAUUGGAAAGGCUCAGCCCAUCGACAUUGACCUCAAGCCUCUGAUUGCCGUCCCCACCACUGCCGGCACCGGAUCCGAGACCACUGGAACUGCCAUCUUCGAUCUCGUUUCCCGAAAGGCCAAGACCGGUAUUGCUAACCGUGCUCUGAAGCCCCUGCUUGGAAUUGUCGAUCCUCUCAACUCUGCCACCAUGCCCGAGCAGGUUAAGGCCGCUUCCGGCCUCGAUGUCCUAUGUCACUCUCUUGAGUCCUACACUGCCAUCCCCUACCAGCAGCGAACCCCCCGUCCCAGCAACCCCAACAUGCGACCUGCCUACCAAGGAUCCAACCCCAUUGCUGAUAUUUUCUCUCUCGAGGGUCUGCGUCUGGCCAUUGAGUACCUUCCUCGAUCUUGUGCCGACCCCGAAGACAUGGAGGCCCACUCUAACAUGCUUCUUGGAUCUACUCUUGCCGGUGUGGGUUUUGGAAACGCCGGUGUUCACAUCUGCCACGGUCUCUCUUACCCCAUCUCUGGAAUGAACACCUCCUACUACCACCCCGACUACCACACUGACCAUCCUCUGGUUCCCCACGGUAUCUCCGUUGCAGUUACUGCUCCUUCUGUCUUCAAGUUUACUGCUCCCAGCGACCCCGAGCGACAUCUCAAGGCCGCCUCUCUGUUUGGCGUUGAUGUUUCCAACGUCAAGCGAGAGUCUGCCGGAGAGGUGCUUGCUGAGGCCAUCCAAGAGUUCAUGUUCACUAAGCUCAAGCACCAACCCCGGGGUGUCUCUGCUCUUGGUUACAAGCGAAGCGACAUUUCUGCUCUCGUUGACGGUGCCGUUCCUCAACGACGAGUUCUUGAUCUCGCCCCCGGUAUCCACGGUGUUGAGGAGGCCGAGGUCCGAGAGGCCCUUACCUCUAUUCUUGAGGACGCUUGGGAGUACUAA